AUGAUCUGGAUCGGCAACUACUCCACUCCCUCCGCGUGCUGCAUGCCGCGGUGCCCGCCUACUUAUUCGUCUUCCCCGUCCCCGCUGCUACCACACAGCAACCACCGGCCGCUUGCAGCAACAAUGGAGCUCGGUCUCACGCCCCUCGCGGCUCUGUGCGUCCUGCUCGCCCUCGCCGUCGCCGCCGCUCCGGUGGCGGCAACGGAGGUGGAGGUGGAGAUCAGCACGGCCGAGGUACAGUCUUCCUACAUCGUGCACGUCGCGGCCGGGCACGCGCCACGGCUGCCGCGCCGUGGCCUGCUGACCACCCGUGCGUACGGCUCUUUCUUGCGCGACCACAUCCCCGUCGAGCUCUCCACCCCGGCGCCGAGGGUGCUCUACUCCUACUCGCACGCCGCCACGGGCUUCGCGGCGCGCCUCACGGGCCGCCAGGCCGCGCGCCUCGCUUCCUCGGGCUCCGUGCUCGCCGUCGUGCCCGACGUGAUGCAGGAGCUGCACACCACCCUCACGCCGUCCUUCCUCGGCCUCUCGCCGUCCUCCGGGCUGCUCCCGGCGUCCAACGGCGCCAGCGACGUCGUCAUCGGGGUCCUCGACACCGGCGUGUACCCGGAAGGCCGCGCGUCCUUCUCCGCCGACGCGUCGCUGCCGCCGUUGCCGCCCGGCAAGUUCCGCGGCGGGUGCGUCUCGGGACCGUCGUUCAACGGCUCCAAGUUCUGCAACAACAAACUCGUCGGCGCCAAGUUCUUCCACAAGGGGCAGAAAGCUGCGCUCGGCAGUGCGUUCGGUGAGGACGCCGAGUCUCCGCUCGACACCAACGGCCAUGGCACCCACACCUCCUCCACCGCCGCCGGCUCUGCUGUUGCAGACGGCGCCUUCUUCGACUACGCCAGAGGAAAUGCCGUCGGCAUGGCACCGGGCGCGCGCAUAGCCGUCUACAAAGUGUGUUGGAAAGGGUGCGCGAGCUCUGACAUCCUCGCCGCGUUUGAUGAGGCCAUCGCGGACGGUGUCGACGUUAUCUCUCUCUCCCUCGGCUCCAACGGCAAGGCCCCGGACUUUUAUAGCGAUACGACCGCCGUGGGUGCGUUCCGCGCCGUCAGCAAGGGCAUCGUCGUCUCCGCCUCGGCGGGAAACUCCGGCCCCAAAGAGUCCACCGCCGUCAACGUCGCGCCAUGGUUCUUGACGGUCGGCGCGUCCACUCUCAACCGCCAAUUCCCGGCCGACGUCGUUCUCGGCAACGGCGAGACCUUCACGGGUACUUCUCUCUACGCGGGCGAGCCGCUGGGCACGACCAAGGUACCACUGGUCCACGCAGGGGACGUGGGCUCGAAAAUAUGCGAAGAAGGGAAGCUGAACUCCACCGUGGUAGCCGGGAAGAUCGUCUUCUGCGACCCUGGCGUGUACGCCCGGGCUGCGAAAGAACAGGCCGUAAAGCUCGCCGGUGGUGCCGGAGCAAUCUUCGGUAGCCCCGAAGCAUACGGCGAGCAGGCCAUGACCAGCGCCUAUGUCCACCCCGCCACGGCUGUCACAUUUGCCGCUGCCGAGAAGAUCAAGAAGUACAUAAGCGAGCAAACAUCCCCUACCGCGACGAUCGUGUUCCGUGGUACUGUCGUCGGCCCGACGCCUCCUUCCCCUAGAAUGGCGUCCUUCUCGAGCCGCGGGCCGAACUCCCGCACGCCGGAGAUCUUCAAGCCGGAUAUUACUGCGCCCGGCGUGGACAUCCUCGCCGCUUGGACGGGGGCUAACUCACCCUCGGAGCUCCCCAGCGACACGAGGCGUGUGAAGUACAACAUCAUAUCGGGCACGUCCAUGUCAUGCCCGCACGUGAGUGGCAUCGCCGCGCUGCUCCGGCAGGCGAGGCCGGAGUGGAGCCCCGCCAUGAUCAAGUCUGCCCUGAUGACCACCGCGUACAACAUGGACAGCGCCGGCGGCGUCAUCGGUGACAUGUCCACCGGCAAAGCGUCCACGCCAUUCGCACGAGGGGCCGGACACGUCGACCCCAACCGCGCGGUCGACCCAGGAUUGGUGUACGACGCCGGCACCGAGGACUACAUCACCUUCCUGUGCGCGCUGGGCUACACAGACAAGCAGAUCGCCGUGUUCGGCUCGUCUGCCAACUGCUCGACGCGCGCGGGCUCCUCCGUCGGCGACCACAACUACCCGGCCUUCUCGGUGGUGUUCGCCACGAACAAGAUGGCGGUCGUCAGGCAGCGCCGCGUCAUGCGCAACGUCGGCGGCGAUGCCAGGGCUACGUACAGGGCCAAGGUCACCGCCCCGGACGGUGUGCUCGUCACGGUGAGCCCCCGGACGCUGAGGUUCACCGCGACGCAGAAGACGCAGGAGUACGUGGUCACCUUUGCGCAACGAAUCUUCGGAAGCGUCACGGGGAAUCACACGUUCGGGUCGAUCGAGUGGAGCGACCGCAAGCACACGGUGACGAGCCCCAUCGCCAUUACAUGGCCGGCGAGCCAGGUUGCGGAGAUGUGA